UCUCCACAACAGUAUCUCGGACCUGCCUGGUGUGUUCCUUGGUUUUCAUAAUGCUCUCUGCACUUUAAACAGAACCCUGAGACUAUCACAGAGCAGGUGCAUUUAUACGGAGACUUGAUUACACACAGGUGGAUUCUAUUUAUCAUCAUCGGUCAUUUAGGACAACAUUGGAUCAUUCAGAGAUCCUCACUGAACUUCUGGAGUGAGUUUGCUGCACUGAAAGUAAAGGGGCCGAAUAAUAUUGCACGCCCCACUUUUCAGUUUUUUAUUUGUUAAAAAAGUUUAAAUUAUCCAAUAAAUGUUGUUCCACUUCACGAUUGUGUCCCACUUGUUGUUGAUUCUUGACAAAAAAAAUUAAAUUUCAUAUCUUUAUGUUUGAAGCCUGAAAUGUGGCGAAAGGUUGCAAGAUUCAAGGGGGCCGAAUACUUUUGCAAGGCACUGUAUACUUAAAUAAAAUAUCUGCAGAAAUGCGAGGGGUGUACUCACUUUUGUGAUACACUGUAUAUGUCCCAAAAAAUGUAUAUACUCUUUAGCACUUAAUAACCAAAUUGUCAAUGGAUUUUUUUGUUGAGUAAACCCAUUGAAUAAAUCAUGGACGCAGCUAAACUCAACAAAGAAUAUAAGAAAGAAAAAUCCUUCGUAAAUGCAACUGGAAGUAAGAAAAUGCAGUUCAAGUGUAAACAUGUCAAUUUAUUAGCUGCAAAAGGGUGUAUACAUUUUUUGGGACACGCUGCAUAUGUACAUAUAUAAAAACGUCAUAUUUAUUCAUUGCUAAAUCUGAAUGAAUUCAUUGAACACACACACACAAAUAAUUGCGGGAGUGUGGGGCUACUUCGCGGUUUUUCACUUAUCGCGGCGGGUUCUGGUUCCCAUUAACAGCGAAAAAUGAGGGAUAACUGUAUUAUUAUUAUUACUAUAUAAACAUUAAUACUAUCUACUUGCAAAGCCAUUGUCAGUAAGCAUGUGUCUGUAUGGUAUUCUGAUGGUAGGAUGACCUUAACCCAAAAUAUCCCGGUUUCACUGUACCAAGGUAUUGCAAUUACCGUUCUAAAAUGUGUUAGAGAUAUCUGGGUAAAAAAAAUAAUUCUUUGAACACAUUUUUUAUUUUUUCAAAAUAUAUUAGCAAAUUGGAGCAUAAGUUAAAAUAAACAAAACUUUUUAAAUUACUGAAAUAUUCAAAAUAAAAUAAAAAUAAAUGGAGUCCUUCAGGUGAGCCUAAACCCACAGCCAGAGCUCAACAUUUUUACCGUCAGAACAAAAAUGACUGAAUUAUUUUCCAGCCUAGACACACUAAACACGCUGGAGUUAACUCUCGUAGCUGGUGGGAAACAUUCAUGACAGUGUUUACUAACCUUUAAUUUUGCAUAAAUGUGAAAUCAUAUUGGAGGUAUUGCCUCCUCGGCAGCCACCCUCCUCAAACAUGUUUUACAUGUCGGUUGGCCCUCCACCUCUAAGCCGCAUUCGUCUAACUUUUCUGUAGCCGAAGUAUUCCCAUAACAGCGAUUUCAUUUUUCUUCAAUGGGGGAAAAAGUUGAGGUGUUUCAUCUCCAGCCAUCGUGUAGCGCAGCUGACUCACUGACACAGAGCCACACCUGUUGGGGUAGGGUUGAGCCUUCUGCAUUUUUGGGACAUUAAAAAAUAGCAAAUACCGUAGUGAUGGGAUGACGUAAAAAUUUGGAAACCGUGACAUUGUCAUACCACGAUAUACCUUGAACCCGGUAAUCGGUACAUCUCUAAUAGUCCCCGUCUGAUAAUUGUGAGCAUUUCAAGCCUAACUGCUAUAUAAAAUAGAAAAAAAAGAGCGACUGAGAGCUGUUGAAGAAGAGCUUUGUGUGUGUCUUUCUUCAAUUCCUGCCAGGAUAUCGGCUUUGUGUUCAUCUAAACAGGCUCAAGUUUCACUCUGAGUAAGUAUAAGGCGGAAAACACUCAGGUGACUUGAAGUUCCGUUCUGAGAGCCCCAAUUUGACCAAAUUUCAAAAUUGUCCUACUAGUAUAUGCAUGUGUGAUACAUCAUUGGAAAGCUUAAAAUCUAUAUUUUCUGGGGGAAGAAAAUUUUUUAACAGUAGGGCAUUUAAAAAAAAAAAAUGUUUAAACGGCAAAACCCUAACUGGAAGGGAGAGCACGCGAGAGCAGAAUUAAAGACGCGACGAUUUUAACGAGAUAUUAUUGCGUUCUGUCAAGUUCAAAAAUAGAUCCUUAGGUAGACAUUCGUAAAAUUACCCCAAAAUAAGGAGAGAAGACACUCAGUGUUCUUGGUCAAGGAGAGCAAAGAGAGACUAGACAGAGAGAUGCUAGAUUACGCUGUAUACUCACCAAAAUUGUUCUACCCCCCCCCCCCUUUUAUUAGGGGUUUGUCCUGACACAGAAGGGUGUCGCCCUAAAGGGAGGGGGAAAGCAAGCAAGCUGGAGACACCCAUGUGAUUUUGGUUGGCUAUGUGUGAGCAUGUAGGUGGAACUAACUAAAUACACGUGUGUAAGCAAGGGCACUUAGGUAAAGUGGCCAGAAUGACCCAGACACUUCAGUUAUGCAACGCUGCGGCCAUGGAAGAUGUCCUCGACUGGAAGAUUGUCUCCUCGACAGUCUAGACGAAAGUCCAGAUGUAAGAUGCUGAAGAUGUCCUAGAAGGUCUAGUUACGCAAUGUUGCGGCCAUGAAGCAAGGCAGUUGUCACCCCGACCCUUUUUAACACUUUGUAACACUUAAACAUUUUCCCUAGUAUAGCAAACAAUAAUCUUUUACUGGUUAUAUCAAAUAGGAAAAAAUAUGGCAAUAUGUAUUAUUAUAUAUAUAUUAUAUGUGACGUAAUUUGUUUAAAAGUUUAUGCGAGUGAAUAAUUUUUUAAAGUCUUAAAUAUUACAGUGCGAAAUAUUACACAUCAAUUAAUGAUUCUAAGAUAAAAAUGACAGACAUUUCGAUUAAUAAAUAUAAUUACUUACCUUCUUUUCAUGGCUGGGUUGAAAAGCGGUUGUGCGACGUCCCUAAACGGGGGUUUCCAGGGUAAAAGGGACCAAUUAAAAAUAGUUCGGGGGCUUCAUGCGCCAUGAAUCUGCUACGGCAGCAUAUAGACAUAUUGUUCUAUCAAAAUUCUUUUGGCUUAAAGUACAGCAGUUUGUUUUAAAGAGGAGUGCAAGAGCAGAAACUGCUUUUUCAGUCUUGUGACUUGUCUGUUUUCCAGCACAGAUAUAAAGAAAUUAUUUUAUAAUUAAAUAGACAGUACUGUGCAAAGUCAUUUUGGAACAUUUUUAGUUUGUGGUGUGCCGCGAGAUGUUUUCCAAUGUAAAAAUGUACCCUGACUUAGAAAAACACUCCUUUAAACCAUGUGACAUUGAUUUAACCAAUGGCAGUUCAAACUGCGGCUUUUCUGUUUUCCUGCAGGAGCAUUGUAGCACUACAUAAGAUAAUACUGUAGUUUUCUUUUUUCUUCAACUUGUUUUUAAUCCAAACUCACGGCUGCACUUUGGAUCUGUGACCAGAGGUCAGCGCGCAGCUCUGUUAGUGGUUAAAGAUUACACAUUUGGUGAUUAACUUAUAAAGUUGACAAAGUGUCCAUCCACUCACUCUUUUUGCCUGGAGCGCGAGCAGACCCGACCGUUUCCUCGCUGUCGGUGGAUUCACUUUUGCUUUCGGAAUAAUGUCUUCACUGGUUUGUUUGCGGCGGUGUGCUGAAAGCGUCCGACGGGCGCGUGGACUUGAACGCAGCGCAGCGUGGAAUUUGAACUGGCUUCAGGGACAUCGGUGGCUUCACGUGGACCACCCUCCGUGCCGACCGUCCUUAAGUAGCAGCUACGCCCACGGAGCGUCGGCAGUCUCGCUGCUCUCCAUGACAGUAGGCCAGAGCCUGGAGAAUGCCGCCCGUCGAUGGCCGGAGCGUGAAGCUGUAGUCUUCCCUGAAGAUGGCAUCAGGAAAACUUUUGUGGAUUUUCAGCGGGAUGUGGACGAGGCAGCCGCGGGGCUGCUGGCUCUAGGCCUGCAGCGAGGCGAUCGUCUUGGCAUUUGGGGUCCUAACAUGUACGAGUGGAUCCUCUUCCAGUACGCCACGGCCAAGGCGGGAAUCAUACAGGUGUCCUUAAACCCGGCCUAUCAGCCGAAGGAAGUCGAGUUCACGCUCAGAAAGGUGCAAUGUAAGGCCGUACUGUGUCCCAGUAGCUUCAAGACACAAAACUUUUGCGAGAUGCUGCGACAGAUCUGCCCGGAGAUUGACACUGCGACACCAGGCGACAUCCAUAGCGCCAGGUUGCCAGACCUGCGCGCGGUGAUCGUGACAGACCGACGCGAGGCGGGAAUGCUGCACGUGGACGACGUCUUCCAAGCGGCGGAGAGUCGCCACCGCCGCCAGCUGAGCGAGCUUCACGGCAAGCUGUCGUGCGACGACGCCAUUAACAUUCAGUUUACCUCUGGCACAACCGGCGACCCCAAGGGCGUGACGCUGUCUCACCACAACGUGGUCAACAACGCCUACUUCCUGGGGCUGCGAGCGGGUUACGACUGGAGGCCGUCGGUGCGCGUUUGUAUGCCCGUUCCGUUGUAUCACUGCUUUGGCUCAGUGGUGGGCGGCAUGUGCAUGGCCAUGCACGGCCUCACCCUGGUCUUCCCCUCCACCGCCUACGACAGCCGAGCCAACCUGGAAGCCAUGCACAAGGAGAAGUGCACUUUCAUCUACGGCACUCCCACCAUGUUCGCAGACCUGCUAGGCCUGACGGAUCUGGAAAAGUACGAUUUGUCCUCAAUGGAAGGCGGCAUCAUGGCGGCGUCCCCCUGUGCCCCCGAGUUGGUGGCCAAAGUGAGGGAAAAGCUGCACAUGAAGGAGCUCAUGAUCGGCUACGGCACCACAGAGAACAGCCCCGUCACCUUCUUGGGGUUCCCGCUGGACAACGACGAUCUAAAGCUGCACACGGUCGGCUGCGUCAUGCACCACGUCGAGGCCAAAGUGGUGGACGUUGACACGGGUGAGACGGUGCCGCUCGGUGCCACGGGAGAGCUGCUGAUCCGGGGCAGCUGCGUCAUGCAUGGCUACUGGGACGAGCCUAACAAGACCCGUGAGGUGGUCGGACCGGACCGCUGGUACAGAACUGGCGACGUGGCGAGCCUGAACGCGCUGGGUUACUGCUCCAUCGAGGGUCGCAUCAAAGACAUGAUCAUCCGCGGUGGCGAAAACAUCUACCCGGCUGACAUCGAGCGUUUCCUCUACACUCACCACAAAGUGCUCGACGUGCAGGUACGGGCGUCUUUGUGUGAGUUUUUCAUGAAUCUUGAUGUAAACACGUCCAAGGUGGUGGGCGUCAAAGAUGAUCGACUCGGGGAGCAGGUGUGCGCUUGCGUCAGGCUCAGGGAAGGACAAACGUGCUCGGCGGAUGAGAUCAGAACCUUCUGCAAAGGCCAGAUUUCCCACUUCAAAAUCCCUCAUUACGUGGUUUUUGUGGAUAACUUCCCCAUGACGGCCUCCAGAAAGAUCAAGAAGAACGUCUUAAAGGCGGACAUGGAAAAGCAUUUGGGCCUCUCGGUUUGAGACUUCAGCUCCCGAGGGAAAGGACGCAACGCGGUGCUCCUGUCAAUCUUUAUUUAUUCCAACAAAGUUAAGAUCAUCCCGCCGUGCACCCUGGCGACACACGGGGAAACAAUAAAUAAAAAGGAGCUUCAACGUGGAUAUCUUGUACAAAGGUGGCAAAACGAGCGACGGAAUUCUUCGGUCGCCGGGGGAUGUUUUGAAGAAUCUUUGCAAAUACUGGACUAGUUUUAUUUGGCAUGUUUCUCACAGCCCACAAAAUUCACAAUUUGAAAAGCAAAUUAAACACUAAGCACACUCUUGUCCUUUGCUUCCUUGCCAAUUUGUUAGAUUUAAAGGGCCGGUAUCAUCACUCACCGACAUGUCAAACUGAGGUAAAUUUGCCAGUUUCUUCACACACACACACACAGGUAUAAAAAAAGACCCACUCCACACAUGUGCGCCUUGAGCGCACUUUGGCUACGAGGCUUGGAACGAUCAACAUUCACUUCAGUCAAAAGUGUGGACGCGGGGAAAACCCGAGAAAAAAAAAACGCCACGCGAGAAAAUACUGCAUUGCUGAGAUAAGUUAACAUGAACGCAUCCCUUAUCAUUAAAUAGAAUACAUUCUGAACAGGGGAAGAAAUCGUCCAAGUGUGCAAAUGACGGUUCGCGAGGUCAAACGGGACCUUUUGUCGUUCAGAAGGGGGCGAGGACGGUGCGCCGCCGCCGCGAAAAAGGCGGGGCUGUCACCUUGGCGUUAGUAACGCCCAUGCGACGGAAACUCAACAAUACAAUUUAGAGACGCUUCGUGUCGUAGAGUCUCUUGUGCAAACACACAAUUCCCGUAAGAGCCCGGUUCGACGGUCGUUGUCACACGCGCAGGGGUAGUAAACCCGGCGGGGAGACGGUUCUGGAGUCCAGUCCGUUGACGGCGCCGCUAUGGGAAAAGACGCCAGAGUCAUUUCGCUGCUCCUCUUGGCGAAAGAGGCCAUUGCUCACCUUUUGUCGAAGUAGGUGGUGUGGAUGGCGUGCGAGAAUUUGGCGGCGUUGCCGUUGACGACGGCGCCGUUUUCCGCUUUUCUC